AUGAGCUGUCAAGUGUCGACUGACAGUUCUAAUAGUUUCACAUGGGAUGAAUAUCUACAAAAAACAAACGGUCGUCCAGCGAAACCAGAGUGCUUCAAGCAGUCCAUUGUACCGCCACUUAACAAAUUUGAAGUCAAUACAAUUCUGGAAGCUGAGGACCAGCGCAGUACAGCUCUAGUUCUAAGCCCACUAGCAUAUUCCGCCGAUGUGGUUAGUACCCGACGCACUAAACUCAGUGGUUCACCACUUAUUUUGGGCACCUCAUGUAAAAGAUCCAGUUGGGAUCCUCAUUUCAGCGGAACUUUUCGACGUUUCAGAGCUGCUUCAUUCAGUUUGGCUCGUGUAAUAGAAACUUGUGGUCCGCGAUUACGGAUACGUCUCGUUGGGACCGAUGAUCGCAAUGACUAUUGGUUUUUGGUUGAUUCUGAUCAGAUUAGGGCUUAUCCAUCUGGAAACCCUUUGCAACCACCCUUUGGAUAUAUGCAUAAUCACCUAGUUUGGAAUCGUACACUCAAAAAAGCAACUGAAGGAGCACGUUUUGCCGAUCCUUCUUGGUUCGUUAAACAACCUCCUGAUCCAGAGGAUAACUAUUUCCAAGUGAAUGAUAAAUUGGAAGCAGUGGAUCGCAGAAACACUCAACUCAUUUGUCCUGCUUCCGUUGGUGCUGUGAAUGGACAUCAUAUUUUGAUAAGCUUCGAUGGAUGGUCUGGAGCUUUUGACUACUGGACUCGUUUCGAUAGUCGAGAAUUGUUUCCCGUGGGAUGGUGUAAAUUGGCUAAUUACCCUCUACAAGCACCUGGACCAAAUGUUGUACGAUCUCCGAAUAUUCAUUCAACUCCUGCUCUUUUGUACACACCUCAAUGUGUUGCUCAGACUCUUUGUGAUUCAUCUAAGGGUGCAUCUAAUAUAUCUUCUAGUACUUGCAACCGUAUCACUAAGAAAAGCAAACGUCUUUUUCUCGUAAGAGAUCAAGACUUUCAAGCCAAAUUAAACGCCAUAAUAAUUUGA